AUGCAUUCCUCACUGACAUUCCUUACACUGGCUCUAUGUCUAUUCUCCUGGGCUAAUGGGUCUCACCACCAUGUGCGCACCACCGGAAACACAGUGCGAUUCAAUCUCACACUUACCUGGGAAGAAUGGGCCCCAGCGGGCAUUCCUCGAAAGAUGAUCCUCGGAAACGGUCAACUCCCGAGUCCCCUGCUAGAGCUGCAACAAGGAGACGAUGUCGAGUUCUUGGUGAUAAAUAAUUUGCCCACCAAUACGACGGUUCACUUCCAUGGGAUCGAGCAACACGGCACUCCCUGGUCCGACGGCACGCCUGGUUUUUCGCAGGAGCCCAUUGCGCCUGGUGGCCACUUUCUCUAUAAAUGGCGCGCGACACAAUACGGGAGCUACUUCUACCACGCUCAUAACAGAGGGCAGAUUGAUGACGGUCUUUAUGGCGCGAUCUACAUACAUCCGGAUGCCUCGGUUGAGAGACCCUUUGGCUUGAUUACGAACAGAAGCAGUGAGAUCCAGGCCAUGCGAAAGGCCGAAAAAGAGACGCAACCUAUAAUGAUUUCGGACUGGCGGCAGUUGACCUCGGAAGAGGUAUGGCAGGCUGAAGAAAACAGCGGGUUGGACGCUUACUGCGCAAACGCCAUUCUGAUAAAUGGAAAAGGAUCGAUUAGCUGUCCUGGUCAAGAAAAAGUGAACCAGCUCGCUAGCGCUGAACAGAAGCAAAUCCUGGGCAACUUGAGUCUGACCGACAUCGGAUGUACCUCCCCCAUGGUGGCAGCCAUGCAGGGAACCUUCCGUCAUAACUACAGCGCAGUACCGCCUUCAAUGUUUUCUGGUUGUGUACCUGGAAAUGGUGGCACUGCUCGUGUCGUGGUUGACCCAACCCACAGAUAUGUGAGCUAUGAUCUGAUCAGUGCGGCCGGUGUCUCGAUGACCACGUUCUCGAUUGACGAGCAUCAAAUGUAUGUCUACGCCAUCGACGGACGUUACGUUCGUCCCACAUUGGUAGAUGCCAUCACCAUUGCUAAUGGCAACCGUUAUUCCGUCCUUUUCAAGUUGGAUAAACCCGCUGGGGAUUAUACUAUCCGUGUAGCGAAUGCCGGAGUCAACCAGGUUUUGUACACUGCUGGAGUUUUGUCAUACAACACAUUGGACAAAGCACAACAGCACGCUUCCGUGGCAUCGAUUAAUAUCCACGGCGCGGUAGUCUCUUCUAACUAUACGCUGCUGGACGAAACGAAGAUCAUUCCAUUCCCGGUCGAGGUGCCAUCUCAGGAGGUUGCUCAGACACAUAUUUUGCGAGUCAGCCAUUACGACGCCUCCUACACCUGGACCUUGGGAAACACCACCCUCCCUCUUGAGAAGGAAGAAGUAACGCCCCUGCUAUUCCACCCCUCCACCGCUCAGCCAGACAUUACUCUCAAGACGCUCAAUGGCACCUGGAUUGAUCUGAUCUUCGAUAUCCAUGGUCAGAUACAGCCCCCUCAUCCAAUUCACAAGCAUGCCAACAAAUUCUACGUGAUCGGACAGGGGAGCGGAGCAUGGAAUUACUCCUCUGUCGCGGAAGCCAUGCAGCAUAUCCCGGAGAGCUUCAACCUCGAAACUCCCCAGAUCAGGGACACAUACAUCACUCCACCGUCGGCAACAGAGGACACGUGGUUAGCGAUCCGGUAUCACGUUGUGAAUCCCGGUGCAUGGCUGCUCCAUUGUCAUAUUCAGGUCCAUCUUAGUGGUGGAAUGGCGAUAGGUAUCCUUGACGGUGAGGACGAGUGGCCUCAAAUACCUGAAGAAUAUUUUAUCCAGGCUUGA